GGGGGUUAUUCCUGAACUCCUCCCGUCCCCCCCAUCCCCGUGGGGUCGUGCCCGCCCCGUGCUGGGGCCCCCGGCUCUGUCCGGGACGCGCAACGCGGCCACUGCUCCUCAAGCUGAGAAUAAACAUCCAGCUGGGAAUAAACAUCCCCCGCUCGGAUGCGGUGCUGCGGGUGUUGGGGAUGAGAGCGCGGAGGGGCCUCUAACCCCUGAGCGUGUGUUUGUCCGCCCGCAGCCCCAGAGCCGCUGCCAGAACCGCUGGUUCCUCCCACAAACAACACCGACGUGUUCGUGCCUUACAUGAGAAGUGCCCGACCCCGGCCCCAAACAGGAAUGGUCACGGACCGGCACCUCGGCCCUCCCACCGCGCUGCUGUGAGUCUGAAGGAAAGUUAAAUGUCUUCAGAGGACAAGGAAGCUCAGGAGGACGAGCUGUUGGCUCUGGCCAGCAUCUAUGAUGAAGAUGAGUUUAAGAGAGCCGAGUCUGCCCAAGGAGGAGAAACAAGAAUUUGUCUGGAGUUGCCUCAAGACUUCAAAAUUUUUGUGAGUGGUUCAGGCAGUUCCACAGAAAGCCUCCAGAGCAGUGGGUUCGAGUACUCCGUGUGCUUCCUGCCUCCCCUCGUGCUGAAUUUUGAGCUCCCACCCGACUACCCAUCGACAUCACCACCUGUGUUCACCCUCAGUGGGAAAUGGCUCUCCCAGGCCCAGCUCAGCGCUCUUUGCAAACACUUGGACAAUGUGUGGGAAGAGAAUCGAGGCUGUGUGGUCCUAUUUGCCUGGAUGCAGUUUCUGAAGGAAGAAACACUGAGUUACCUGAAUAUUUCAUCCCCGUAUGAGUUAAAAAUGUGCCCUCAAGGGCAAGCACAGAGUCGGACGCCUCUCGACCCUGGGAAGGACUGUGGGGGUGCAGCAGGCUCUGCCACAGCUGAGGAGGAAAUCAUGGAUGCCAGAGCUGUGCAGGACGUGGAGUCGUUGUCGAGUCUGAUCAGGGAAAUCUUGGACUUUGACCAGGCCCAGAGGAGGAAGUGCUUUAACAGUAAGAUGUAUUUGUGCAAUAUCUGCUUCUGUGAGAAGCUGGGCAGCGAGUGCAUGCACUUCACCGACUGCAGCCACGUGUACUGCAAAGCCUGCCUGAAGGACUACUUUGAGAUUCAGAUCAGGGACGGGCAGGUCCACUGCCUGAACUGCCCCGAGCCCAAGUGUUCUUCUGUCGCCACUCCUGGCCAGGUGAAGGAGCUGGUUGGAGAGGAGCUCUUUGCCCGCUAUGACCGGCUGCUCCUGCAGUCCAGCCUGGACCUGAUGGCCGAUGUGGUGUAUUGCCCCCGCCCGGGCUGCCAGACCCCCGUCAUGCAGGAGCCCGGCUGCACCAUGGCCAUCUGCUCCUGCUGCAACUACGCCUUCUGCACCCUCUGCAAGAUGACCUACCACGGGGUGUCUCCGUGCAAGGUCACCGCAGAGAAAUUAAUGGAUUUACGAAACAGCUAUUUGGAAGCAGAUGAGGCAACUAAAAGAUUUUUGGAACAACGUUAUGGCAAGCGAGUGAUUCAGAAAGCCCUUGAGGAGAUGGAGAGUAAGGAAUGGCUGGAAAAGAACUCUAAGUCUUGUCCUUGCUGCGGGACUCAUAUAGAGAAGCUCGAUGGCUGUAACAAAAUGACGUGCACAGGGUGCAUGCAGUACUUCUGCUGGCUCUGCAUGGGCUCUCUGUCCAGGGCCAACCCCUACCGGCACUUCAAUGACCCUUCUUCCCCCUGCUUUAACAGAUUGUUUCAAGCCAUGCACAUUGAUGAUGGGGAGUACUGGGGAGUUGAAGAUGAUGACCAGUAGCUUUCUCCAGCAACAAAAGGUGAACAAACCAGAGACAGAUGCUUUUUUUUUUGGUGUCCUUUGUUUGCUUUUCACUUCCAUUGUGUGAUAGAAGAGUGGUAACUACCCUGCACUGCAGGAUACUCACACCUCAGAGCCUGUUGCCAAAGCCAAAGGAGACCACUUUACCCAUCCUGGGGUCAGGAUCAUCAUGGAAUGCAUUAACAAUCACAUGGAUUAUUAAAGACAUACCAUAUUAAAUACAACCAGUCAGAAGUUGGAAAAAUAUAUACCAAGAGAUGCCCCUUUUUUAAAAGCAAACAGAAGCCUCAAAUCAUGGAGAGAUUUGGGGGUUUUUAUCGAUGGAAGGGUAUGGACAGAGUGCUCCAGGAUCAAUAUGAUCAGGCAAAUGUCGGAUUUAUUAGGAGAAAGACAGAUUAUGUAGUGCUCAUGACGCUCAGCUUCUUGUUCACACUACAUUGGUUACAUAAGGAAAACAUACUCUGCUGUUCACUGCUAAUUGGACCACAACAGGUGGUCAUAGGAGAUGAGAAAACUUUAUUCACCUGCCAAAACUCCUCCUUGGCAUCUUGGCACAAGGCCUGCAGCCAUAUUAGUGGCGCAGCAUUUUUUACUAUCAGCACCCAGCCAUGCUAAGGUGAAACACACAGAAAUGUAAAGAAAAUUGUUCACACAAUUUUUGCCUUACGACAGGUUUCUUUAGGGAGACCAACAUUUGGAGACUCUUGGAUCAUGAAUAUUGUGGGGGUUUGGGCAGUUUGUUAGAGCUGUAGAGCUCUUUCUGGAGCUGUUCAGUGGUGCUGCUUGGACUGGGGAAGUUUAGCAACAAAGUUUGUUGCUUUUAUGAAUUUCCUGACGUGUUUCUCUGAAAAACAGCUCAUGGUUUUGUCACUGGUACUUUCUAAUGACAUUAAAGCUGAUUGUCCCCAACCUCCUUCUCACUGGCUGUUGUGCCUGGGCCUUUGCAUCCCUGAGUGCUUGGGCAGAAAAUGACCAACAGCCUUUUCCAGAAAUUUCUGUCAGGUUGGUGACUCAACCCGGUGUUCCUAUUGGAUUCACUCUCAUUGCCUCUCCUUGUUUCUCCAGUGAUGAGUGCUAAGGCAGUGAGCUGAGGAUGUGAGAGGGUGAAAAGUACCAGGCAAAGAUGAUUCUUCAAGAUACUGACAAUUACCUUGUAUUCUCAGAUGACGAAGUAAUUUAUUUUUAUUAACUCUUCACAUAAGAAAUUUGAUUAGUUGAUACUUUUGCUUCUGGACUAGAUCCCUUACUUCCACUAGUUUUGGACUUCAAAUUAUUCAGAAAGCAAAUUGUUUUCCCUAAAAUCUCAGCAAGUAGUUUUAUAAACAUGAAGGUAAUUACUGGAGGGAACCACUAACUUUUUACAAGUUUUUCCACUUGCAGAACAGUCUAAAAGUUUAUUUGGAAAUUAAAGCUAUGUGUGCUGUGUUCAAAAGUAGUAGGGCAUGGAGGGAUAGGUCAGGAGAUGGAAGACUCUUCAGAAACUCAAAGUGAUCACCUCUCACUCAGUUUUUACUGAUAGUUCAUAAAUUUAUACUGGGAUAUGUGGCCAAAAUGAGUGCUGCUUCAGUUCUUUUCCUAGAGGAUGAGAGUCUAUCCUGUCAGAAGAGGCAGAGAUUAAAAAGAUGAGAUGGUGAGAUUGAAUCUCACCUCAGUUUAGGCUAUAGAUCAGCGUGUAGGAGAAGUUUACAUUGUGUAUGAUUUGAAUUGCAUUUCCUGCACCUUUCACAUGCACU